GAGCUCUGACUUUAAAUGCAGAGGUGGGAUGCGGCCCACGUCAGACUGGGGAUAAAUGCAGAGGUGGGGUGCGGCACACGUCAGACUGGGGAUAAAUGCAGAGGUGGGAUGCGGCACACGUCAGAGCUGGGGAACUACUCAGAUCUCCUGGGUCAGGACAGGGCCUGCUGGAGCCCCAUGCCCCCAACCCCAGGGCACAUUUCCCUGUGCCCCCUAACUCACCACUAUGAGUGGACAGCUACUGCAGUACCCGAGAGGGACGGCCAUGUAAGUCCCCAGGCUCAGGGCCCCCAGAGAGACAGGGACAAGCCGGCUUAAGGUUGAAUCCUCUGGCCCAGGCGUCCUCCGAGAGAAGGCAGGCAGCAUUAGGGCCAGGCCUGUGCAGGGAGCACAUUUGGAUGGGAAGCGGGGCGGGGCGGGAUUGGAGGGAGCGGGCUGCGCAGGGGAAACCCGUCGGUCGCCCAGGUGCGAAGCGCAGGCGGAGGCCGAGCCGCGGUGCGUCCCCGCCCUGUUCACCAGCAGGCGGCGCCAGAGCUCAAGGCCGCGGGGGCCUCGGGUCCCGGAGUCCGGCCGGGCGGGGCGAGGGGCGGACCCCGGCGCAUCGGAGCGUUGGGGCGCGGGGGCAGUCCGGCGGCGGGAAGGACCGGCAGAGCGACACGCUUCCUGGAACCUCCGUGGCCAUGGCCGAGCACGCCGGUCGCCGCUGCUGCCUGGGCUGGGACUUCAGCACGCAGCAGGUAAAAGUUGUUGCAGUUGAUGCAGAGCUGAAUGUCUUCUAUGAGGACAGUGUGCAUUUUGACAGAGACCUUCUAGAAUUUGGGACUCAGGGUGGAGUUCAUGUUCACGAGGAUGGGCUGACAGUGACUUCUCCAGUCCUGAUGUGGGUCCAGGCUUUGGAUAUCAUCUUGGAGAAGAUGAAGGCUUCAGGCUUUGACUUCUCUCAAGUCCUCGCCUUGUCUGGGGCGGGCCAGCAACAUGGAAGCGUGUACUGGAAGUCUGGGGCCAGCCAGGUUCUGGCAAGCUUGUCACCGGACCUCCUGUUGCACGAGCAGCUGCAGGCCUGUUUCUCCAUCAGUGACUGCCCGGUGUGGAUGGACUCCAGCACCACAGCCCAGUGCCGCCAGCUGGAGGCCACCGUGGGUGGGGCCCAGGCUCUCAGCUGCCUCACCGGGUCCCGCGCCUAUGAGCGAUUUACAGGAAACCAAAUUGCAAAGCUUUACCAGCAGAACCCCGAGGCCUACUCACACACAGAGAGAAUUUCCUUGGUCAGUAGUUUUGCUGCUUCUCUGUUCCUUGGGUCUCACUCUCCCAUUGACUACAGUGACGGUUCUGGAAUGAACUUGUUGCGGAUCCAGGACAAAGUCUGGUCGCAGGCUUGCCUUGGUGCCUGUGCACCUCAUCUAGAAGAGAAGCUCGGCCUGCCGGUGCCGUCAUGCUCGGUUGUGGGGGCCAUUUCUUCCUACUUCGUCCAGCGCUAUGGGUUUCCUCCAGGAUGCAAAGUGGUGGCCUUCACUGGGGACAACCCAGCGUCGCUGGCAGGCAUGAGGCUGGAGGAAGGUGACAUUGCGGUCAGCCUGGGCACCAGCGACACCCUGUUUCUCUGGCUCCAGGAGCCCACGCCCACCCUGGAAGGCCACAUCUUCUGCAACCCGGUUGACCCCCAGCACUACAUGGCGCUCCUGUGCUUUAAAAACGGCUCCCUCAUGAGAGAGAAGAUCCGCGAUGAGUUGGCUUCCAGUUCCUGGAGCGAGUUCUCUAAGGCGCUGCAGUCCACAGAGAUGGGGAACAGCGGAAACCUGGGUUUUUAUUUUGAUGUAAUGGAGAUCACCCCUGAAAUUAUUGGGCGUCAUAGGUUUAGUGCAGAAAACCAUGAGGUCUCAGCAUUCCCCUGGGACGUGGAGAUUCGAGCACUGAUCGAAGGACAGUUCAUGGCCAAGAAGAUCCAUGCCGAGGGCCUGGGCUAUCGAGUCAUGCCUAAGACAAAGAUUUUGGCCACCGGAGGAGCAUCUCACAACAGAGACAUCUUGCAGGUGCUGGCAGAUGUGUUUGGCACCCCAGUGUAUGUCACAGACACAGCCAACUCAGCCUGUGUGGGCUCUGCUUACCGAGCUUUCCAUGGCCUUGCAGCUGGAACAGAUGUGCCCUUUUCAGAGGUUGUGAAGAUAGCCCCAAAUCCCAGAUUAGCUGCUGCCCCAACCCCAGGAGCGUCUCAGGUCUACGAGGCCCUCCUCCAGCGGUAUGCCAUGCUUGAGCAGAGAAUCCUGACCCAGACCCGGGGCCUCCGGAGUGAAUUCCACAGGCCCAGUCUCACUGAUUCCACUUGGAGACGUGGCCUUGGACAGCAGGGAACCUCUUCCCUGUUGUAAGCAGCUCUGCCUGCCCACCUGACUCCUUACGGUGCUCCAACCUGCCCAGGACCACCUUAAAGCCCACCUUAGCACAUCCUCCUGAACACAGCUUGUGUCCCUGUGCCCUUGUGCCCAGGGCAGGAAAGCAUCUCUCUUCCUGUCUUUUAUCCCAGGAGGCAAGAUAACACUGAGCCUGGGAUAUGUCCAAUAAAAAUUGUGACUUUUCCCCUUUCGGGACCUAAGUCAGCAGAAUGGGAGAGACAAAGCAAAAUAAAUAGAUUCUUUCCUCUUUAUUCACUAGUUUUCAAGAUGAUGAGUUGAUUGCCAAGCAUCCUCUAACAGCAACUAGAUUUUUAGUAUCAAUAUGAUACAUUUGACAUACUUUAUAUGUCUUAAUCCAUUGAGUAAUUAUUUUUCUCCUUGUCUUCUUUCUGAUAGCCAUACUCUCCAACUUUUCUCCUACUUUCCUGAUCUACCAUUCAUUCUUUCUUCUUUACUGUUACUUCUGCUCUGUCUACUCCUUAAUGAUUGCUGGGCCCCAAAUCUCUGUUCUCAUUCCUCUCUCCCUCCAAUUCUCUCUUAUUGGAUGAUUUCAUCUAGCCUUGGGCUUCAACUGCUACUUAUAUACUAGUAACACCCAGCUCUAUGUUUCCAGCCACAACUCUCCUUGGAGUCAGCCAACAUUCUCACAGGGGUACUUCAGACUCCGCUUAUCCUUUUUUUUUUUUCUUUUAAAUUUUGAGUCAUUUUAAUCUUUUUUUUAAAUUUAUUUAUUUUUGGCUGCUUCGGGUCUUUGUGGCCGCGCUCGAGCUUUCUCUAGUUGUGGAGAGCGGGGGCUACUCUUUGUUGUGGUGAGUGGGCUUCUCAUUGCGGUGGCUUCUCUUGUUGUGGAGCAUGGGCUCUAGGCACGCGGGCUUCAGUAGUUGUGGCACAUGGGCUCAGUAGUUGUGGUUCACGGGCUCUAGAGCGCAAGCUCAGUAGUUGUGGCACACGGGCUUAGUUGCUCUGUGGCAUGUGGGAUCUUCCCGGACCAGGGCUCAAACCCAUGUCCCCUGCAUUGGCAGGCGGAUUUUUAACCACUGUGCCACGAGGGAAGCCCCAGACUCUGCUUAUCUUCCCUUACCCUUCCCCAAACCUCCUCCUCCAGAGUUCCUGUUUCAGUGAAUUGGUACCACCAACCAUCCUUUCAUUCAUUCAUUCAGGAACCCAAACCCAAAACUCAGAUAUCUGCUUUCCCACAUCAGAUCAGUCACCAAGUGAUUUUUGUUAUUCCUUUGGUAACUCUUAAAACAGUUCCUUUCUCUCCAUCCCUCCCUGUUUUACUUUAUUCCUUGCUCAAAUUAUUGCAGAAGCCUCCAUAGAAAGUCUGCCUCCUGCAAAAUCCUCCAGAUUUUUCUUGUGCUGCAGGCCCACACCUAUGUUGGGACUUCAGUUAAACCAAACUACUUGUGAUUUCACCCAGAGUAGGAAAAUGCUGCAACAGCUUUGAGACCUGGCGGAGCAGAGCAGAGACAGAGACUACCCUGGUGGGAAGUCAAGGGAAGAGGUUUAGAAAAUGAGUAGGACCAGAGAUAUCACUUGUGAGAAAGCUGAAGUCAUCUUGAAAGGGAGUGGUGUCCCUUGCGGGCUUGGUGGAUAAAGGCAAAAAGGGAAACAAGAAGCUGAAGAUAACAGCCUAUCAACAACAGGUCAAAGAUUCAGAAGAGGAACUUCCCUGGUGGUCCAGUGGUUAAAAAUCCACCUUCCAAUGCAGGGGAUGCCGGUUUGAUCCCUCGUCAGGUAACUAAGAUCCCACAUGCCACGGGGCAACUAACCCGUGUGCCACAACUACUGAGCCUGUGCACUCUAGAGCCCUUGCACCACAACUACUGAGCCUGCAUGCUCUAGAGCCCGCAUGCCACAACUAGAGAGAAGCCCACGUGCCACAACGAAGGAUCCCACGGGCUGCGACCAAGACCCGACACCACCAAAAAAAAAAAAAAAAAAGAUUCAGAAGAAAACAGACAACUCUCCCCACCGCCACCACCUAGACAUUACUUAUUAAAGAAAUUACAUUAUUGGCCAACAAUAAAAGGUAUCUUUUCUACCAAGAAACAGAAAGCCACUCAAUCCAUUCCCCAUUUUACCCCUGCCCCCAUAGAGUUGCCCAUUAUUACAAGGACGUCAACAUAAAUAGAAAAAGGAACUCACUUUGUACAAAUAUGGGAAGAAAACAAAGUGAGAAUCAUAACUUUUCAAGCUAAUGAAAUACACCAAAUAAAAAGGAACAAAGAGGGUAAACUGUUAACAGCCCUCCAACAUGAACUUUAAAAUAAAAAACAACGGUGGAUAUGAAAGAAUACCACAGAUCAGAAAUUCAGAAACGCAGAGUAAAAAUGAAAAAGCAACAAGCGUAUAUGGAAAGAAAACUGACCAAACUUGGGAAAGAAUUUGAACAAAAAGGUAAAGUCACCCUAGAUAAUGAAGACUGCAUUACAACAUACCCAAAUGAAAAUAGGAACGACAGCAAGUACCAUAAAGCAUAUAGAAGAUAGGAAUGAAAAAAGCUAAGACAGCAAAAACAAUAUAAAGGAAGACCUGGAAAGGCCCAGAAAGAAAAUGAUAGACAAAAAAGACAGGCAAAGAAAAACUAACACAGUUAAAGUUGGAGCUCUUGAAGCUAAAAUAUAAGACAAUGGAGCAGAGUUAAUAUUUAAAACUAACCCCAGAGAAAUUCCUGAAAACAAAAGACCUGACUCCAUAUCUUUUUAAAAAAUAUAUAUAUUUAUUUAUAUAUUUGGCUGCGUUGGGUGUUAGUUGUGGCAUGUUCUGACUAGGGAUAGAACUUGGGCCCCCUGCAUUGGGAGCAUGGAGUCUUAGCCACUGGACCACCAGGGAAGUUCCUGAAUCUUGAAAGGGCCUAUCUUGUUACUUGGAAAAUUGACCCAGAAUGAUCAACUGAGACACAUCCUAGCAAACUAUUACACUUUGAAGGUGAGGGGGAAUAUUCUCUAGGCCAAAAGGCCUAGUCUCUUACACAGGAAAGAUCAGGUUGGCAUCAAACUUUUCAAAAAGCAAGUAGCAAUGGAGCAACAUUUUCAAGAAACUCAAAGAAAACAUAUGAACCAAUUGUUUUGUGUCCAGCUAAGCUGCCCUUUAAGUAACAAGGAUGUUUAAAAAGAGCUCAGGAAAUAUUGUACUCAUAACCCCCUUAGGAUUCUACUAAAACAAGCUUCGUCCAGCUAGGAGAUGAUUGGGGAAAUUUCAGCACAAGGACUCAUAGUGAGCAUUGAAUAGUUUUAGAUCUAAGACCAAAGUGAAAGUGGGGAUAAGGGUGGAAGAAGAGUAUCAAAUGGCAUGUGCUUUGACACAGUAGAAGUAACAUAACUAAAUAAAUCAAAAAGAAGGAAAAAGACAGUACAAAGAGCUCUGUUGCAAAGGCAAUAUGUGCAAGUCAAAGAAUAUCAUUUCAAGUUGACAAACCAAAUAUCAACGCUUAAAUAAGGAAAAAGUAAGUGUAGCAUCAUAUACAGAGUGAAUGUAAUAAGGACAAGCAUAUGAGUCGUAUCAGUAAAUGAAAACUCAACUCAUCAUUAAAAAAAAAAGUUCAGCUUGGCUUACAGACUAACAUCUUACCGUCUAUUAUUUACAAGAGACACACCUAAAAUAAGUGAUCCAGAAAGGCUAAAAAGUAAAGGGGUGGACAAAAAUAUACCAGGCACAUACAAAUUAUAAAAAGCAAAGCUUACGGGCUUCCCUGGUGGCGCAGUGGUUGAGAGUCCGCCUGCCGAUGCAGGGGACGCAGGUUCGUGCCCCGGUCCGGGAAAAUCCCACAUGCCGCGGAGCGGCUGGGCCCGUGAGCCAUGGACGCUGAGCCUGCACGUCCGGAGCCUGUGCUCCACAACGGGAGAAGCCACAACAGUGAGAGGCCCGCGUACCGCAAAAAAAAAAAAAAAAAAAAAAGAUUGAGCAAAUUCCCUGGCGGUCCAGUGGUUAGGACUCGGUGCUUUCACUGCCAGGACCUGGGUUCGAUCCCUAGUCAGGGAAGUAAGAUUCUGCAAGCCGCGUGGUGCAGCCAAAAAAAAAAAAGACAUAAUGAAAUCUAUGGGUAUAAUUAAAGCAGUGAUAGGUGAAGUAUAGCUUUAAAAUGCAGUAACAUUGAUACAAAUAAAAGUGUAAGAGUUAAAUGAAUUAAAAAUACAACUCAAAAAGCAGUAAUAAUAAUAAACUAGUGAACAAAAAAGACAGAAGUAGUAACGAAGAUCAGAUCACGCAUUAGGAAAAAAUGGCAAUUCCACCUAAUUAAUCUUUUUUUAGAAAGACACUAGUUAUUUUCUCUCUAGAAAGUCCAUUUCUGAGACAUUUUAUUCUCCCUUCAUUAAGUUCACUUUUCCCAGAAAUCUUUCAGCAUAUUUAUAAUAGCUUUUAAAAAUGCCUUGACUGAUAAUGACAUCAUCUAUGUCAUUUCUUUUCUGUUGACUGAUUUUUCUCCUGAUGGGUCAUAUUUUCCUGCCUCCUCUCAUAUCUAGUAAUUUAAAAAUUUUUUUAAUUAAAUUUUUUUUUAUUAUACAGUGCCAGAUUUGUUAAAUUCCUUUAAAAAUGUUGACCUGUUGUCUGGUAGGUAUUUAAGCUACUUAUAGAUCAGCUUGAUCAUUUCAAGGCUUGGUAGUGUGGGCUUACAGUAGCCUUGAUUCUAGGGCUAGCUUAGCUCCACUGCCAUGGAGUAACCCUCUGAGUCUUUACUCUCAGUGUCCUGGGUGUUCAGUGAGGACUUUCCACUUUGGCUGGUUAGAACUAAAAACUAUCCUGUGCCAGUCUUGGAGCUAUUCAGCUUGCUUGCUUUCUUCCUUCACCUCAUGGAGUUUCAUUCUAUGUAUGUGAAACCUAGAAUUCAGCAAAAGCCCCAAGGAGACUCUUCUGCAAGACCUCCAGCUUUCUCUCUGCAGCUCCCUCCACCCUGUACUCUGCCCCGUCAGUUUGCUGCAGCCUUCCCCAUCUCCUGAGCUCCAACCUCUCUCUCUGUCCCCAACUCGACAAGGUUGCCAGGCUCUGCCUGGGGUGCACUUCCUGCAUUGUGGACUGGAAUUUGUCUCCAGGCAGAAAGCAGGGGCAAUCAUAAGCCUCACUUUGACUGCCUUUUUUCCCCCCAGGGAUUAGAGGAUUGUACAAGGUCCAGAAAUAAAUAGUUGCCUCCUA